AUGACAAAAACAGAAACUAAAGUAGAACCAAAAGCAGAGGUCAAACCAAAAGAAGAUAAUGUAGAAGUUAUUGAAGAUGAUGAAUUUGAAGAGUUUGAAGAUAAUAUGGCCGAAGGCGAAGAUAACUCAAAAGAACAAUGGGAAGAUGAUUGGGAUACUGAUAAAAUUGAUGACGAUUUUUCAAAACAAUUAAGAGCUGAAAUUGAAUCCCACUCAACCAUGAAAUCAUAA